UAGUCGGUAAGGUUUCUGACUGCAGGUGGCAGUGCAGUCAAGUCCUGAUCGAAUAUCUUCCAGCUGAGCUCAUUCGAACCGGGAUCAGGAAGCAGGCUGCCGCGUUUCAUUGCUGCUGCUCCGGGCGGAGAUAAGCUGAAACAGGCCAUCUUUCUGCUUCUGUGGAACUCAAACCCUAAACUGCAUGAAGCCUUGGGGGCACCCUCCCCAUCCCCUUGGGAGCACAGUGCAAUCUAGUGAUGGAAUCCGUGCUCCUCCCCUUUUCGCCCAGUUUAGGAGCGCAACAUUAUCAUGAACAAUUCACACGCUGUACUCCCAGUUGGUCGUACUCCAUUCAAGUACUUCCAUGAACUGAAACAUGCGCUGGCAAUGUCUCGAAUCUUAUUACAUAUUAAUCACAUUGAAACGCAAAGUGCAUUUUUUUUUAAAAUUAGAUUCAUUGUGCCCUGUUUGGGGGAUAAAUCAAUGGUGAUAACUUCCUCUAUGUGAGGCGGUGUUGCUCCUCCCCGCUCCAGUGACUGGAUGGUUCACUCCACUCUAUAUUUACAUCUCUCAGCCCGGGACUGUAUCAACUUAACAUCGAGUCAGUGUCAGAAACAUGAGAAGUGCAAGAGAUCUGAAGGCAGCUAGUGAGCGGUCACCGAGGGGAAAGCCGGCCCGGAUAAUGGACAAUGAUCGGGGGCGGCGCUAAUUGCCCGAUCGUCCUAAGAUUUUAACAAUCCAAAUCUCCCGAUACCAGCGAUGUUACCUUGGAAGAAAAACAAAUUGGACUUGGUCGAGAAGCGGCAGCCGAAGCAGCUCGGUUACUCGGUGAGUCUGAACUACAGCAGUCUGACUUCCUUCACCCGUGCGUGCCCGGACCUGGUGUCAGAGAGCGCUCUCAACCGAGUCUGCAGCAUGUUCAAAUCCAGGAGGAGGAAGAUCACCAUCACCGGGGAAGAUCCCACCUACACAGUCUUAUACCUCGGCAAUGCCACCACCAUCCAGUCCAAAGGGGAAGGCUGUGCCGAUGUGGCCGUGACCAAAAUCUGGUCCAAAAGUGAACAGGGUAAAAACGGCACCAAGAUGAAGCUGACCAUCAGUUCUCAAGGAAUCCGCAUGGUCCAUGUGGACGGCAAGGCGAAGAGACCCGGCCAUCUCUACCUUUUACACAGGAUCACCUACUGUGUGGCGGAUCCCAGAUCGCCCAGAAUCUUCGCCUGGAUCUACCGACACGAACUGAAGCACAAGGCGGUCAUGCUGAGAUGCCACGCCGUGUUGGUCUCCAAAGCCGAGAAGGCGAAGGCGAUGGCCCUGCUCCUGUACCAGACCACCAGUAACGCCCUGGCCGAGUUUAAGAGGCUCAAGAGGAGGGACGAUGCCAGGCACCAGCAGCAGAAGCUGAUCGGGGAGCAGACCAUCCCCCUAGUGCCCCUCAGGAAGCUGAUGAACGGUCAGUGCAGUUACAAGCCCCCGGUGGAAAGGAGCCGGAGCGCCCCGAAGCUGGGCUCCAUCACCGAGGACCUGGUGGGAGAGCAACAGGAAGAGAAAGCCGACCUGGAGCUGAGUCUGGAGUACGAGGACAUUCUGGACACUGUGGAAGCCUCAGACAGAAACGAGCAGCAGGACCUUUGUGAAAUGAUCAGUGAUCUGGGCCAGCUGACUAUAGGAAACGAUGUCCAGUUACUGAGAGCUGAUCUGAGAGUGACCAGGUUACUAUCUGGGGAAAGUACGAGCAGCGAGUCAUCCCUGGGAAGCGGGGCGAGUGAUCAGGAGCCCGUGGUUGCGACGGAUGGCAGUGAAGACGGCGACUUGCAAGAAAUGGGAUAAUUGUACAAUUGCUUCAAGUUUUCUUUGCGGUCGGCUUCCCAUUACAACACGAACUGACAGUGUGUUAUUCCCCCCACCCCUAUCUCACCAUUACACUAACAAUAAGAUGCUAAAAGAGGGGAAAACCAUAACUGUGUGCAGUGAAGAGAAAGGAAAAGCACAGAACAGACUUUUUUUAAAAGGGCACUAACCGGCUUACGAUUUGUGUCGACUUUAAUCGUUGCUUUAAUCAGUAAGUGGAGAGUUUAACAUUUAGAAAUGGAAGUUGCGAUUUGUGUGUGCCGGUUUGCUCCCUGUUUACAAGAAACUUCCCGUGGAAGCCGGGACCCUCUUGAAACUGACCAGGCGUUGAUCCAGCUCUCUCCGCCCUAUUCACUGCAACAUCUCGCACAGUGGCUGCUAUUGACCAUUUUAGCAUCAAAUUCCCUCUCCUCACGCAUCUCCCUCCAAGCCACAACUACAGUUUGUAAAAGGACGGGCAGCACCGCAGUGUUAUUCCUGUGCAGUAUUUCAGUAAUGUGACUGGCAGAUAAACUAGAAAUAGAUGGAUCACCAUUAUCAAAGGUUCUGCCAUACUUAGAGUAAUUGGCUGGUCUCAGCUGUGCAAAGUAAAACAUCACAUUUUGGCAAAUUCAUUAACGUUUUCCAAUAGUAACCACAUCCCACAAUGUAAUCAUAUGUGUCAGAUCUGACAGAUCAUACCUCAUUUUGAGAACUUAAUUUCUCAUACCCUUUGGUUUCAGAACUGGACCUCAUUUCCUUGUUUUUCAGAUCUAAUUUGAUCGGACUAUGUCUAGGGGUGUCUGAAAUGUAUUCAACACUAUUUUGGCUCAGGCUAUAUUCUGGUGUCCCUAGCAUCCACCUUAAACUUGAGUUAACGUAAUGACUAUUGAGGAACCUAAUUCCUAUUUAAUGUUCCUGCCCUGAAACUGGUCAAAAAUUAGGCAGAGUUGACACUGCAGAAGUUCUGAUUAGUUUUACCAGAACUAUUGCUACCUAAGCAAUGUUUUUUGAGGGAAUGGAUGGAGGUCACCAAUACUAGGACAAGCAAACUUGUUUUUACUUAAUGUGGAGCCAGAAGAAGCAGUAGUCUAACUCUUCACUACACCAUUGAAGUUAGCAGCCACAUUACUUUGCCUGAUCCCUUUCACCUCCACCCUUAGACCUACUAUAGAGCUGUUUCUGACCUCAGAGCUAGCCAGUCUUGUUCUGGGUUGGACAGGACAGGUGAACUUCACUGGAAUGCCCAGUUGUCACUUGGCAAUCAUCGGUUUUGUGGUAAUGAAAUCCAUUGACGAAUUCCCAGUAAAUCACAUGCUUUCCUCUUAGGGAACUCAUGUUACAGUCAGACAAUGUGACCUGUGUUUGUAUUCAGGCAUGAACCAAUUUCUUCCCCAAAGAAUAUGUUUCAGUCAUGAUUGUAGCUACUACCUAGUGUUUUGCCAUUUCAUUAUGUUAAUUUGCAAUAGUCUUAAUUGUUAAGGAAAAUCUUAAUGACAAUUUAAUUAAUUGUUCUGUCUUUACGAUUUAAUUCCUCCCCUCAGUCAGUUCUUCAUCUUUAGCUUUAAUGGCUUCAUGAUGGCUUGCUCUUUUGAAAUAUCAGUGGUUACUUUCUCCCUCAUGUCGUUGUCUUUCAUUUGAUUUCCCUUUGUGCUGAUGGAAGAAGUUGUUGGUUUGAAUGUCCAAAAUCUGAAGCUUUCCUCAGAGACACACCAAAGUUAUACAUAAAGAAUCAUGUUCCCUGCAUUUUCUAUUUGGAAACAUUAUGUUUUGAGACACUUGGCAAGUCCCAGAAAAGACUAUUGAUUCAAAGGAGAUCUUUGAAAUCUGUUGAAAGAUAUUUUGUAUUAAAUACACAUUUUGAAGACUGAACAACAUGUCUACACACGUUAACACCUCUUAUCCAAUUCAGCUACUUUGAUUUCAGAAAUCUAGAAUGCAUGUUAAAAUCAGAAGGGAAACCAAAAAAUGAUUUUUGAAAGAGGACACAUCUGGUAUCUUAUACAGACUUUGUGUAUGAAAAAUCAUAAGUUUAAAUCAAUGAGACACUCUAUAUUAUAGUAUCAAUUUAACAUAAAGGUCAGCACUGUGAAAGUAAUUACUGCACUAUUAGGAACUUUUGCCAUUUAGAUUAAUGGCUCCAUAAAAUUCUAUCGAUGGUCAAAGAUAUCUAAUUAACACACAAUAUUUUUGCCACAGAGGUACAAUAAUCUGGUAAAAUAAGUUGGGAGUUGCAAUCAAUGCUGAAGGAAAUUAUGUAAUGUCUUCUUAACAAACCAUAGAGGUAAUGUUGAUUUUGGAUGAUGGUGUAAAAUGGCCGACAAUGAAUUAUCUUUACACUGACUGUAAAGUCAAUAGAAACAAAAGAUUGUGAGAGCUGAAAACCUGGCUGCCAACUUGCUGUCACCCAUUUUAGAGUAUUGCAACUUUAUCAGAGUGUGUUAAGACAAAGAAAAACAAUCUAUAUUACAUUGAAGUUAUUAUUGGAUUUGACUGAAUAGAUUCUCAUCAAUGUAUAGAAUGAAUUCUUUACAUUUGUAAUUUCUCAUUAUGGAAUGAACACUAUUUUUCACAUUCAGUUAAAUACCAUGUUUAAUAGUCUUAAGUAUUUGUUUACAACCUCUUAACUGAGUCACAGAAUUUAUCCUUGCCUGUUACGCUCUGUGGUUUGUAUAUUGCACUGUUGUGACUUCUUAACCAGUGUUUUAUUGUCUGUAAAUAAUUUUGUCAUCAGAUAUAAUAUCAUUUCUUUGCUGUGCGAAUGAAGGAUGCAGCAAGCAUUGGGUGUCCUAACCGUACUGUACAUACUGAAUGUAAAUCUGUACAAGCAAGAUAGAUGUUAUUUUUUUGAAUAUUUGAUGAAAAAGUGUCCAUACUUUUUUGUUGACACAAACUCAAACAAUAAAGUCAAUGUAAAAAUGAGAUGUACUAGAAUUUUAAGGUAUAGUUCUAGUAUGCAUGAUUAUAUCAAGAUCUAUGAAUAAUAAUAGCAGUAUGCUAUUGUAAAGUAGGAAAAAGAUUUGCAAACUAAAAUUCAUAUACCUACACAUGUACCCACGGUUAUUUAUUAUGGACUUAUUUUGAUCCUGUCCUUCUAGGCUAAAGUUCCAUAUACCUUUUGAUCUUGCAAACCAAUAUAUAGUGAAAACAGCUAGGAAUGUUAGUCAAAUACAGAUGGAAGUGAUUUCUGAUAUCCUUCCAUUUUUAGUGAUAAUUUGUUUUGAUAAUUUGCUGUAUGCGUUAAAUGUCUUCUCAUGAAUUUAUAUACCGAGAAAAGUUGAUACCAGUCUGAUAAGUGCGUAUUAAUGGAAAUCAACUACAGUGUUGUAAAGGAUUCAAAUUGAACUUGUUCCCUAGCACUCAAGUGGUGGUAAAAAAAAUUAUUAUUUAAAUCUACAUUCAGAUUAUUUAACCUGAUGUAUUUUGAUGAAAAAUGAUUUCAAUUAAAAGUCCCAUCCUCAGCUUUUUCUUUUUGAAACCUUAUAGGCAAAGUAUGGCUGGUCGCAUGAACUGAUUAAAUCUAGCUUAUCAUGAUUCAGCCCAGCUUAAAAUAUGGCAUGUAAAAUAUAUUGUAAAUUGGAUCACCAGAAAGUGGCAUCCCAAUACAUUAAUGUUUGAGACCUAAACAUGUCUGUGAGAAAAGACAGGAUUAGAGAUAAUAGCAAGUUCCUUCUGUCAUGUGGCAGUAACAGAUGGUAUUUCAAACACAACAAUUUAGUUCUGAGAAAAUAUGCCGUUGGUGUUUUGUAAGAACUUAAAGUCUUCUUGUUGUGUACAAUCAACGUGUGCACUCAAAUCUCUUUGUUUCUGCAGUUGUACAGUGGUUGUAUAUGUGAUCGUCCUGAUCAUUAUAAUGAUCUAUCUCAGGGCUGAGAUGUCAGAAUAUAUUGGAGCAAACACAACCGGGAGAUAAGUGAGGUGUUCGUGUUAGGCAGCACACAAAGAAAGGAAGUCGAGACUAUGAUUCAUCUGCUAAUUCCCCUUCUCUUUCUCCCUGUGGAGGAGUAUCUGCCUUUUACACUCAAUCUGCAACUAUAUAUUUUUGUAGUAUUUCAUGUUCAUAUUGUACAAUGUUAUAUGGAUUCAGUAAAAUCUGGUUGAUUAUUAGAUUUACGAUGUUUCAGGGGUGAUAACAUCAGCCUCCCCAAGAAUAGUGCAAAAAUGAGGCAUCUCUCAUAAAGUCAUAGAAAUGUACAGCACGGAAGCAGAUGCUUCAGUCCAACUUGUCCACGCCGACCAGAU